UUUAGUGUAUUGCAUUACGGUCAUACAUCGAGCAAUCGGUGAAUAUUUAUUUGCGACGAAAACUUAUUUAAAACUGAACAAAAUGGCUUUCCGUAUACCUUUUGGCAAGAAACACGCGGAAAUCGCGUCGUCCUUUGUACGCUCCGGAGCAGGGUUCGGUGGAGCCGCUGGAUUGGCUCUGCUCUACUACACUGACUGGAAGCUAGUGCUGCAGUACAUGCCCAUCUAUGGCUCCAAGUUUGACAAGAGCGAUUAAGUCCCAGAUGAUGUUUGAACUCUAGUUGAAAAUAUGUUUAAUGAUGGUGAAUAAAAUAAGUUCAAUUCGA